GAGGUCCAUCCAUCCUGUCCUGUCAGUGUGCAGACCUCCACCAACCAAACCUCCUUCAGUCCAUUCAAGAGGAGCAGAAGUUUCUCCGGGACUCCGGGAGCGAGCGGCAACUCAACUUUCAGUCCCAAGCGAAGAGUCAACCUCUGCUGAAGCUGCUUCCCUCAUGGCUGUGGUGCGGUUCUACAGUAAUGAAGCUGUGAAUGGGCGGGCCUUACAGCGGGCAGCCAAGCUCUACCCCCAGCUGUCAAUCACCACUGAGCUGUGCUACAAUGUGGAGCUGACAGGUUGUGAGAGUCUGAGUACAGAGCAGAAGGAGGUUCUCCUCUGGUUGCUUUGCCCCCCACUGCAGGCAGAGCCGCUGUCUGAGAAACCAAACCUCACAGAGGGAAGUGGGGAGAAACUGGUGGAGAUCGGACCCAGGUUGAAUUUCUCCACUGCCUGGUCCACUAACGCUGUGUCCAUCUGCCAAAGUGCCGGCCUCACCAAUGUCACACGGGUCGAGCUGUCUCGCAGGUUUCUAAUCAAGUCCACCAAGGGAGAGAGUGUGACCAAGCUCAAUGGAGAUCUAAAGAAGCUCAUUGAGUGUCUGUACGACAGUAUGACAGAGUGUAUCUACCAGCAUCCCAUUGCCUCCUUUGCCGUGGAGACCAAACCACAGCCGGUGUUUGAAGUGGACAUCCUGGGGAAGGGUCGUGCGGCUUUGGAGAAGGCAAACGAGGAUCUGGGUCUCGCCUUUGACUCCUGGGAUCUGGACUACUACACCUCAAUGUUCCAGAGGAUUAAAAGGAACCCCACCAGCGUGGAGUGUUUUGACCUGGCCCAGUCCAACAGCGAGCACAGUCGUCACUGGUUCUUCCGUGGGCGGAUGGUGAUUGACGGGCAGGAACAGAAGGAGACUCUUUUCAGCCUCAUAAUGGACACCCAGCGGCACAGCAACCAGAACAACGUCAUCAAGUUCUGCGACAACAGCAGUGGUAUCAAAGGCAUGGAGCUGGACUGUGUUUACCCAAAAGAUCCAUCCCAAGCCAGCCCGUAUGAGACACGGCACUCACUACGACAUGUCAUCUUCACUGCAGAGACGCACAACUUCCCGACAGGUGUAGCUCCAUUCAGUGGUGCCACCACAGGGACAGGAGGUCGCAUCAGAGAUGUCCAGAGUGCUGGACGAGGAGGUCACGUCAUCGCUGGCACUGCAGGAUACUGCUUUGGAAAUCUGCAUAUCCCAGGUUACGUUCUCCCCUGGGAAUCUGAAGGAGAGGGCUGGGAGUAUCCCUCCAGCUUCGCCCCUCCGCUGCAGGUGGCCAUCGAGGCCAGUGACGGAGCGUCAGACUACGGCAACAAGUUUGGAGAACCUGUCCUGUCAGGUUUUGCUCGCUCCUUUGGCAUGCGGCUGGCUAACGGCGAGCGGCGCGAGUGGAUUAAACCAAUCAUGUUCAGCGGGGGCCUCGGUUCUAUUGAAGAUGCACAUGUGAAGAAAGAAGAGGCGGAGACUGGAAUGGAAGUGGUGAAGAUCGGGGGGCCGGUGUACAGGAUCGGCGUGGGAGGAGGAGCGGCCUCGUCUGUACAAGUCCAGGGGGACAACUCCAGUGACAGGGAUCUGGGUGCAGUGCAGAGGGGAGAUGCUGAGAUGGAGCAGAAGAUGAAUCGUGCUCUCAGGGCAUGUCUGGAAAGAAGCAGUGGAAAUCCAGUCUGCAGUAUACAUGAUCAAGGGGCAGGAGGAAACGGUAAUGUGCUCAAGGAGCUCAGCGAGCCGGUCGGAGCUGUCAUCUACUGCAGCAGGUUCAAGAAAGGUGACCCCACACUGAGUGUGUUGGAGCUGUGGGGAGCAGAGUAUCAGGAGAGCAAUGCCCUGCUGCUCCGCCCAUCAGACAGGUCUUUCGUGGAGAGGGUGUGUCAGAGGGAGAAGUGUCCCGUUGACUUUGUGGGAAACAUCACCGGAGAUGGCAAGAUUGUGCUGGUGGAUGAUGAGGGAGGCAGUGGGGAUCAGGCAGACAGAGGACGCUGUCCUGUUGACUUGCAACUGGAGUGGGUUCUGGGAAAGAUGCCUCAGAAGGAGUUUAAGAUGGAGCGUGUGACCCCGACCCACCAGCUGCUGGCUCUUCCUGCCGGGCUGACGGUCAAAGAUGCUCUGGACAGAGUGUUACGUUUGCCUGCUGUGGCAUCCAAACGCUACCUGACCAAUAAGGUGGACCGGUCGGUGACUGGGUUGGUUGCCCAGCAACAGUGCGUCGGCCCUCUUCACACCCCACUGGCCGAUGUGGCCGUCGUUGCUCUGUCACCGUUCAGCCUGGGGGGAGCGGCGACGGCCAUCGGGGAGCAGCCAAUUAAAGGGCUGGUCUGUCCUUCGGCGGGGGCACGUAUGGCUGUGGGAGAGGCUCUGACCAAUCUGGUGUUUGCCAGAGUCACAGCGCUGAAGGAUGUGAAGUGUAGUGGCAACUGGAUGUGGGCUGCCAAGCUGCCUGGUGAAGGAGCCUGUCUGUGGGAGGCCUGCAAAGCCAUGUGCGAGGUCAUGGGUCAGCUGGGAGUGGCCAUCGACGGGGGCAAGGACUCCCUGAGUAUGGCCGCUAGAGUCGGGAAAGAGACCGUCAAAGCUCCAGGUGCUCUGGUUAUCUCGGCAUAUGCUGUUUGUCCUGACAUCACAGCCACUGUGACACCUGAUCUUGAGGAUCCAGAUGGCAAAGGCGUGUUGUUGUGGGUUCCUCUCAGUCCAGGCCAUCAUCGUCUGGGAGGCUCUGCCCUGGCUCAGUGCUACAGCCAGCUGGGAGAUUGCUCUCCUGACCUGGAUCAGCCAGAACUAUUGACUGCCUGCUUUAGCACCACUCAGACACUCAUACACGAUCGUCUGCUGAGCGCAGGACACGACAUCAGUGAUGGAGGCCUCAUCUCCUGCUUGCUGGAGAUGGCGUUUGCAGGAAACCGUGGAAUCGAUGUUGAGUUGUCAUCACAAGGAGCUGGAGUCAUGGAGCUGCUCUUCAGCGAGGAGUUGGGUUUGGUUCUGGAGGUUUCUCAGUCUGAUGCAGAAAAAGUGUGUCAAAGGUUCAGCGGCGCAGGCGUACAGUGCCACCGUAUCGGCAGAACCUGCGGCUUCGGGCCAGAGGCUAUGGUCAGUGUUCGUGUGGACGGACAGGAGGUGCUGAGAGAGCCGCUGCCUAACCUCAGAGCAUUGUGGGAGGACACCAGUUUCCAGCUGGAGCGCCUUCAGGCCAAUGAGCUCUGCGUUAAACAGGAAGAGGAAGGGCUGGCCAAGAGGACACAGCCGUACUUUAAACUGACCUUCGACCCCUCUGAAACACCCAGCAUCAGCCAGCUCGCUGCAGGGCAGCCUCGUGUAGCAGUGGUCAGAGAGGAGGGCAGUAACGGAGACCGAGAGAUGUCUGUGUCUCUGUAUAUGUCCGGCUUUGAGGUGUGGGAUGUCACCAUGCAGGACCUGUGCUCUGGCUCACUGACCCUGGAGCGCUUCAAAGCAGUCGUGUUUGUGGGUGGAUUCAGCUACGCAGACGUCCUGGGAUCCGCUAAAGGUUGGGCUGCUACCGUUGCAUAUAAUCCCAAGGCCAAGGCUGAAUUUGAUCGCUUCCGGCAGCGGGACGACACGCUGAGCCUGGGUGUGUGCAAUGGCUGCCAGCUGCUCGCCCUGCUGGGCUGGGUGGGAGAAGGCAAGGAUGGAGCAGAGUCUGAAGUGGUGUUGACCCAUAACAAGUCUGGCAGGUUUGAGUCACGGUUCGUCAGCGUUGGGAUCCAGGCGUCCCCGUCCAUCUGGCUCAAAGGCAUGGAGGGUUCAGCUCUGGGAGUCUGGGUUGCACAUGGAGAAGGUCUGAUGCAAUUCCGUAGCUCCCAGGCUCGGGACCAGAUUAUUUCUGGUGGGCUCGCCCCACUGCGUUACCUUGACGACCAGGGUCGACCUACUGAAGAGUACCCUCUGAACCCUAACGGCUCUCCGCAGGGUAUCGCUGGGCUCUGCUCCAGGGACGGCAGACACCUGGCCAUGAUGCCCCACCCGGAGCGCUGCACCCUGGGCUGGCAGUGGCCCUGGGCCCCGAGGGACCUCAGACCCUCUCUCACACCUUCACCCUGGCUACGCAUGUUUAGGAACGCGGCUGCCUGGUGCAGCAACGUACAGUGAGAAUGUUCUUUAAACGUGGUGUUAUGGUGCUAUCUUUGUUGGGUUGUGUGAACUGGAACUUUAAGACCUCUUCCCUCACUCAGUGGUUCUCUUCACCUUUUUACUUACUCUUGUAUUUGCUCUGUUUGCAUUAUUACCAUUCCCUGCUGUAAUACUUUAUAACUGUUAUGUACCAGUCAGUGAUGCUCUGCUGAAAACUUUAGAAACUGAACUUGCUAAUAAAUAA